GCAGACUUGUUGACGUGAUUUUAUAUUUGCUUCUUUAUCCCUCCCUCCAUUUUUGUUCUUUGUACUUGUGCCUAGUUUUCUGUAGAAGUAUUAAUCAUUAUGAGCCACUUGGUUGGAAGUUAUUUUGUGUGUAUGGGUGAGUAAUAUAACUUGUGUAAUGUCUAACGCGAAAGUAUUGAACAUCCAAGUGCUGGUAGCCUCGCGCCGGGUCCCUGGUAGGGCGGCCAUUGCAGCUGGUCAUGGCGUCAUGUGGACAGCUGCACUAUAACUCGACGGAUUUUGUAGCCAGCGGCGGGUACGAGGGUAUCAAAGACCAGGCAGGAAGAUCAUUUAACAUCAGAGCUUCCUCAUUGUCUCGAGAACAAUAGUAUUUAUUCCCUGCCGGAUGCUUAAAAAGCCAAAGUUUGGAACGUGUGAGCAUAUUUGAUUUGGCAAUCAAAGUGAUGCCUCCGCUGAAGUAUGUACGUUGUGCAAUGGAGGAGAAUCAGCUGAGCCUCAUGGAAGAGGAAGAAAAAGAGGAUGGAGAGCUAGAAGAUGGCGAGCUGGAAGACGAUGAGGGGGGGGAUGACCUCUCCAAGAAUCUGCCCACCUCUCCCCAGUUGGGUCACGAGGAGAAAGGGGUCGAGGAGAUGAAAGUGAACAUGGAGGAGGAACGGCUGGAAGGAGAAAACAGGGCUGGAUUAGAGGUGGACAUCAGAGAAGAAGGGAAGAAGGAGAGGAGAGAGAGUAAGGAGGAGAAGAAGAGAAAGCAUAGAGAUGAUGAUGAGGAGAAGGAAAAGAGAAAGAAAAAGAAGAAGAAAAAGAAACAUGUUAGUAGUGAGGAGGAAGAUGAGGAAGUACCACCAGCACAGAAGUUUGUUCACCGUAAAAUUAUACCUCCUGCUUUUGAUGGCAAUAUGGGUUUUGAUGCUAUGCUGCAACAAGAAAUGAUCCUCAGAGGACGUUCCCCACCUCCGGGAAUGAUGGCAUAUGUUCCACCUCCUGGGCCUUAUGGUGCUCCACAUCCCAUGUUUCGGGGACGGCCUGUGUCAGAUUAUGACUCCUUUGAAUCUGGCUCGGAUUCCGAAAUGAGAGAACGCCAUGGACGCCGACCACGACGUCCUAACAGAAGAUUCAGAAGAUCUCGUUCCAGGUCCCGAUCACCUUCUCGCAAAAAUGAAGCAAUUUGCAUGUAUUACAUGCAAGGGAGUUGUCAGAGA